CAGUAAUGUUUUCUUCAUAUGACCAAAAAUAAAGCUUCAUUUCCACUGAUAGCAUCCUGAAAGUACAGCACCAUUUCAACAGUGGAUUAAGCUGAAUCACCUGCUUGGAAGUGUGUCUGGUGACAUUGCCUCUGAGAGUUCAAAAUGUCCAACAACAUGGCCAAGAUUGCAGAUGCUCGAAAAACAGUGGAACAGCUAAAACUGGAAGUUAACAUUGACAGGAUGAUGGUGUCGAAAGCAGCUGCAGAUCUUAUGUCAUACUGUGAAACUCAUGCCAAAGAGGAUCCCCUUGUUACCCCUGUUCCCUCUUCAGAAAACCCCUUUAGAGAGAAAAAGAUUUUCUGUGCAAUUUUGUAGCUGCUCACAUUUAAAAGAUCUUGAAAGUUUUGAAAUUAAUUUUACAAUUGUUUAUAUGGGAGUACAGUUUUAAAUUAAAUAUGUUAAUUUUCAGAGGCUAAAUCAAAUGUAUGAAAUGCUAAAUUAAU